AUGGCCGCUGCCGACCAGAUGCCUUUGCACUUUGGUCAAUUUUCAACUGGAAUUGGAAACACUGAUGCAGGUUUUGUGAUGGGCACCGGAAAGACUCUUCUCAAGGGAACCAAAAUGAAAGCGGUUGCGUACGGCGACCAAACCAUGAGGUUCGACUGUUUGCUUCGUGUAGGAGAAUGUUAUGACUUCAUGAGAGUUGGUUUCGUGCCUACUCAUGUUGGUCCUUUGGGCUACAUCUUCCGUUUAUUUGCCGACUACUUUGUGGUUCUAUCUCCACAAAGUAUGGCUAAUGCACCACCGAGAGAGCUAUGGAUUUGUCAGUAUCCUCGUACCUUUAUGGAAUUCGAGGAUGUAUACGCUCAAGCUGAGUACUUUUUUGCAGAUGUCAUUGGUAUAGUUGUGCAUGUGUCUAAUAUUCGAGGAAGGGAUGACGUGCGGAUGCGACCAUACAGAUAUGUGGUGCUAAUGAAUGAAAUGUACUUAGAUUGA